CAAUCUGCAAGGAGCACAUGGGCUGUGUGGAUGUGCUUGUCAUCAUGCUUUGGCAAGCCACGUGCACGGAAAAGAGGCUGACUUACAAGAAUCUGCUCUUGAAAGCUCAGUCAGGCCGGCCAGGACCACAGCCAACUUCCACUUUAUUUGGGAUGCUUUCACUUUCAAGACAUCUUGUUUUGAGUCAAGAUUCCUCCUUCUGAACAUGGGACUUUCCAGCAGGACCACAGCUCCUUUUGUGUACUCAUUUGGCCGAGGAUAUCCUGGUUUGUUGAGGGAGUCUUCCGAAGGGGAUGUCGGCCAUGUGGUCCCUCUGGAGUCUUCUUCUCUGCGAAGCACUCCUUCCCGUUGUGGCUGUCAGUGUCCAAGUGCUAAGCAAAGUGGGGGAUUCGGUGCUGCUGGUGGCAGAGUGCCCCCCUGGCUUCCGUGUGCGAGAGGCCAUCUGGCGGUCUCUCUGGCCAUCAGAGGAGCUCCUGGCCACAUUUUUCCGGGGUUCCUUGGAGACUCUGUACCACUCGCGUUUCCUGGGCCGAGUCCAGCUACAUGGCAACCUCAGCCUGGAGCUUGGACCCCUGAAAAGUGGAGACGGUGGCAACUUCUCUGUGCUUGUAGUAGACACAGGGGGUCAAACCUGGACCCAGACCCUCCAUCUCAAGGUGUACGAUGCGGUACCUAAGCCUGUCAUUCAAGUGUUCACUGCUGCAACGGAAGAGGCUCAAGCCCCCCAAACCUGCCAGGUCUUCUUGUCCUGCUGGGCCCCCAACAGCAGUGACAUAACCUAUAGCUGGCGACGGGAGGGGACAAUGGAUGUUGGCGUGGAGCUGCCUGGCCUUUUCUCAAAUAGACAGGUGUUACGUGUCUCGCUGGGACCAGGAGACAAAGAUGUGGCUUAUACCUGCAUUGCCUCCAAUCCUGUCAGCUGGGAUACAGCCACAGUCACUCCCUGGGAGAGCUGCCGUCAUGAAGCAGCCUCCGGGAAGGCCUCCUACAAGGAUGUGCUGCUGGUGGUCCUGCCAGUCUCACUCUUCCUGAUCCUAGCUGGUCUCCUUGGGGCAUGGCACCAUGGCUGCUGCUCAGGGAAAAGGAAGGGUGCUGGCGCUGACAGAGUUCCAGAGACAGAGAACCCCCUCGUGUAAGGUGUGCCACGAGAGACAGCAUAGACUGAUGCUUGGAUCAUGACGAGACAGAAAUCCUGCCCAGUGACACGAUGCUCCACACCUGGAAACCGCCGGGAUCCUUGUAACGUCCACAAGUCUCCUGUCCACUGCUCGCGAACAGCCAAGGAAGCCACCAUCACCCUGGUUCCAACCUCCUCUCUCCUCCCUCCUCCCUCUGUUUUGCACAUGCUGGAUCUCCUCUGGGCAAGGUGGACUAAGAGGUCAAUUCCUUAAGAGCCCUGGAUGUUCUCUAGGAUCCCCAGAGACAUUGUUUAUCCAAAGCAUUCAUUCUUGAGCACUAUAGAGAAGGAAUCGUCUAACUAUCAAGAGACUGCCUCCGGGUCAGGUCCUGGGCCCUAAGAGAUAACAGAUGUUUGAAAUACCCGGGAACUGAGCUAACCACUGCCAACUCCAACCCAGUCCCUAAAGACUGAGAUCCUUGUGUGCAAGAUGUUAUGAUAAGAAAAGUUGCAGAACAAGGAAAGGUAGAGGGCAGGGCUUUUUCUUUCUGGCCUGAAGGACUUCCAGAUCAUCUGAGUUCAAGGCCCCUCAAAGGUAAAUUGAGGUUAUUAAGAUAAUGAAGGAUGGCUGACAUGCCAUCUUGGGAUGGAAGCCAUUUUUUUUUGAGGCAGGGUUUCUCUGUGUAGCAGCCCUAGAUGUCCUAGAACUAACUCUGUAGAUUAGGCUAGCCUUUAACUCAUAGAAAUCGGUCUGCCUCUGCUACCUGAGUGCAGGGCAUUAAAGGUGUGCACUACCACCACUGCCCAACUGAAAGCCAUUUUUCGGGUAGCACCCUAUUAAUAGACAUCUUCAUCACCAUUAACUCUCAUGCCUCCUGCAUGAUCUAGGGUGGUGUUUGAGGGUCUCUCUAUACAGUCUAUGCAGUUGCCGGAAAGGAAAAACAAAACAAAACAAAACACAGUUUGACCCAGCCAAAAGGAAAGCCUUGCACAAUGGCAAGAGAAGCAGCUAAGUUCAGGGUAAGGCUAUCUUCCUGAAACAGGGAGAAUAAAAAGCCAUGAAAGGCUACACUGUAGGGGUGGGGGGACUGGAGGGAAGGGUACUGUGACAUUUCAGAAUCUGCCACAUUCAUUUUCACUUACAAGUGUAGAAGAUCCUCCUAAAUUCAAGGGGAAAGCCAGGUCCCUACCGCUCAACCGUAGGCUUGUCAAGGUUGCUUUGACCACUCAACUGUAGGAUCGUCAAGGUCACUUUGACAUCCCCCAUAGAGGAUAUUGUUAUGGCCAUCUUUGGAAAAUGCAUUCUGCCAUUGAAUGAUUCUUUUUUGAAAAA